UUCACUAUCCGAGAGUUUAAGGAAAGACGAACUGCAGCCGAGGAAAUCUCAGAAAUUUAAAAGACAUCAGUGAAGAGAUCAGCUGUCCACGCAGACUGCUGGAUAUCAGAGAUAAAGACACACAGACCUCCCACAACAACAUGAAGUGUGAGGAAGAGGAGGGUCUGGAUGACCAGCAGGUCUGUAACCAGGAGAGAAAUUCCAGUCUGAACAAGCAGGGCCCAGAGCUCCCACAGAUUAAAGAGGAACAGGAGGAAGUUUCCACCAGUCAGGAUGUAGACUCGCUUGUAGUGAAGCAGGAGGCCGAAGGAAUCAUCGUCUGGACUGGGGAAGAGCGGCUCAGACUACUGGAUACCAUCUGGAAAUGUGAAAAACACGACAAAGACUUCCCGCAACAACAUGUCUGUAAGCAAGAGGAGGAUCUGGAUGACCAGCAGGUUUUUAACCAGGGGGGCAACUUCUGUCUGGACCAGGAGGACCCAGAGCUUUCACAGAUUAAAGAGGAACCAGAGGAACUCUGCACUAGUCAGGUGCUUGUGCUGAAGGUCGAGACUGAUACCUUUAUGGUGACUUCUACUUAUGAGGAACCUGAACCAAACAGUGACCAGCUUCUUUCUUACAACUCUCCUGAACCAGAAAGUCGAGAUGAGGAUGAAAGUGAGCAUGUGGACUCAGGAUCAAAUAGAAAUGCAAAGCCUGAGAAGAGAGGACAUCACAGAAACAGUAACAAAGCAGACAGCUGUCCUGUGUCAGAGAGUCAGUGUGAAACUGACACAAGUAAAAAGUCUUUAAAAUGUGACACUUGUGGAAAAACCUUUGAAUAUAAAUACAAACUGACAAAACAUCAGAGAGUCCACACAGGUGAGAAGCCACAUUCUUGUAGCACUUGUGGAAAGAUUUUUAGUUACCUGUCUGCGUUAAAAACUCACAUGAGAAGUCACACAGGUGAGAAGCCAUAUUCUUGUAGCACUUGUGGAAAAAUAUUUAGUUACCUGUCUGCAUUAAAAACUCACAUGAGAAGUCACACAGGUGAGAAACCACAUUGUUGUAGCACAUGUGGGAAAAGGUUCAGUGAUCUGAUGAACUUGAAAUCUCAUAUAAGAGUCCAUACUGGUGAGAAGCCAUAUUCCUGUAGCACCUGUGGAAAAAGAUACAGUGAUAGGACGAACUUGAAAACUCACAUGAGAAUUCACACAGGUGAGAAGCCAUAUUCCUGUAACAUCUGUGGAAAAAGAUACAGUGAUAGGACAAACUUGAAAACUCACAUGAGAACGCACACAGGUGAAAAGCCAUAUUUCUGUAGCGCCUGUGCAAAAAGAUUCACUUAUAGGAUACAGUUGAGAAGACACAUGAAAAUCCAUGUUGGUUAAAAGCUUCCUACUUAGAUAAUGUAUGAAAGCUGUUAGGUGGAACAGUUUGUUAAUAGUGGAGCCCUCAUGUUCAUGAGGAGCCAUUUUAUUUAAAAAUAGCGCCUUUCAGAGCACCCAAGGACACGGUACAACAAAUAAAAGAUAUAUAUACAGUGGAACCCUGGCUUAUGAAGACCCCAUUUAAGGAAAAAUUAAAGUUACAAAGGCACUUAAUGGCAAUAUUUCUGCCCGUAGUAUGGCAAAAUGCCCACGUAACGAAAAUGCCCGUACAUUAAUUAACGGAAAUGUAAGUUUUCGUUUUAAUGUUUAGAAUUAAAUUCCUUAAUGUUAUGUACAUGUACACGUACGUAUCUAUGCUUUCUUCAGCCUCCGCCACCUCCUCCUCCACCAAGAACUUCAUCUUCAGCCAGCAUCGCCUCACUCAAAAGGCAAUGGAAAAAGGUGCUUUGACUUACGAAAUUCUUGACUUACGAAAGACCCUCUGGAACAAAUUAAUUUUGUAAGUUGGGGUUCCACUGUAUAUUAAAAACAAACAAACAGAAAAACUGGAAAUAUACACAAUAAUAAGAGUAACAGAUAAAUGCUAAGAGCAUGCAGAGGUUUAAACAUAAGCAAUUUUAAACAGGUGAGUUUUGAGGGUAGGAGUUGUAGCCUUGGAUUGCCAAGCAGAGAGGUGUGUCAGCCAAGAAAGUGCCACAACAUUCAGAGUAUUGAGAAACUCAUCCACCCCAGCACCCCUGCCACCAAGGAGUUGUUUAACUACCUCAAUGACCUCAGCCCCAGUAACGGGCAAGUCAUCCCCCUAGUCUCCAGACUCUACUUCAUGUACAGAAAGCAUGUCAGUGGGAUUCAGAAAAUCCUUCAGGUUUUCUAUUUCUUGUUUCCUCAGUUCAAGUCAGCAGCGCCCCACCCAUACUAUACACCAUAUAAGUACAGCACCACUUUGCCCACCUGAGUCACUUGGUAGUUUGCCAGAAUCCCUUUGAGGCAGACCAAAAGUCUUGUUUCAUGGCUUAACCUGACUCCUGCACCAGAGUUUUUGUUUGAGCUUCUUCCAGAGCCACACUCUGCUUGGCCCAGUGGAAUCUGUUUCCUUUGGAAUCCCACAGGAUAACCGAGCCCAAAAGGAGCUCUUUCAGUUUGACAACUCCCUUCACCUUGGUUAUUCACCAUCUGGUUUCACCUCUCAUCCGAGAAGCUUCUUCAGUUUUACGGGUCAAAUGGUGGAGAGUCCCAGAUUUAAACCCAGUGGGAGUA